UCUUUUCGGACAGGUUUGGUUUCAAAAACCUUUGAUGUUGAUUUAUUUCAAUAACCACUUCUAGUUUUGCGAAAAAAGCUCCUAUCGAGCAGGAAGAAUGGGCUUGCUGAGGAGAUCGCCCAGUGGGGGCGCCACUAUGAUAGCCAUACCGUCAACUGACAGCGACGGAGGGACAGAAAUGACAGCGCUCACAGGCAAUAGACAUUCUUCGUAUCUUCGAUUUGGCAGAAUCGCUGCUGAAUUACCAAAACUUUCUCUCGCGGACGACGUGGAGAAGGGCAACAUCGAAGGAGUGCGCAACAUUUUGAAUUCUUCUUUGGCAAGCGAUAUCAACGCCGAAAUUAAAAGGAAAUUACUCCUGCAUCAAGCAGUGACAAACAAAAAUUUGCCCAUAUUAAAUAUUAUUCUUAAAUUCAUUGAUGAGAAAACUCUUUUCCUGAAGAACAGUGAAGGGAAGACUGCGCUGCAUCUGGCUGUAGCAAUAAAAAAUCUACCUUGUUCAUCUGUUAUUAUGAACGCCAAUCACCAGACCUUGAUCCAAAAAGACAGUGAUGGUAACACUCCACUUCACUGCAUGGUCAAGAGUCAUCAAUACGAUAUCUGUGCACGGGCAAUGGAUAUAAUCUCUUCGCAGCCACGUCAGUGGCGAGAAUCAUUAAUCAACAGAACAAACGCCCAACAUCAAACCGCCGUUCAUUUGGCCGCACGGGAAAAAACAUGUGAAAUCUUGCAGCUAUUGCUAGAGAACGGAGGUAAGGCGAACGUCACCACUCACAAAUUUUUCACACCUCUGCACUUGGCGGCUGAUAGUGGGUCAGAACAAUGCGUACAACUUUUGCUGAGUUACAUUCCUGAGGACGAGAAAGAAUCUUAUCUGAACUACACCGCAGGAAGGAAUAUGACUGCUCUCAUGUAUGCUGCAAUGAAAGGAUAUUCUGCCUGCUGUCGAGCACUGAUAGGCACCAACCCAAACCAACGAGACACUGAUCAAUGCACCGCGUUGCAUUUGGCUGCCAAGAGGGGCUACUUUUCGCUUGUUAAACACCUUAUUGAAGAACAAAAGGCAAAUCCAUUAAUGGUCGCCAAGAAUGGACAGACUCCGUUGCACUGUUCAAUUUUAAGCAACAAUGAUGAGUGUUUUGUCUAUCUGCUCAAUCAAUCGCUCGAGUCCCUCCCUCCAGGAACGGUGCCUGAUUUGCUCAAAUUAGCCGUUAAGAAAAAUUCAAACAGGUGCCUUAAAAUCAUGCUGGACCGUGAUAGUUUUGCCAGCUACAUCAAUCAUCAAUUUAAAGAUGAAUGCAAUAACACUUUGCUUCAUCUUUCUACGGCGAAAGGAAGCUUUCGAACAACCGAAAUGCUCCUAGAGAAAAAAGCCAGGAAAGACAUUAGGAACAACGACGAUGAAUACCCACUACAUCUCAUGGCGUCGCAGGUGAACUCUAAUUCUCGGUUAGGGGAAGAAGAAAAAGCUGCUGUCGCUAAGGAAAUGUUGCACGAUUCUCACGAAUUGGUGGACUCCCCGAACAAACGAGGCGAUACCCCACUCCACUUGGCCGCAAAAUCUGGAAAUGUAGAAAUGGUCAGGCUGCUACUUUUGAAAGGUCCCAAGAUUCUCAAGGAGAAUAAUGAUGGUCUCACAGCUGUGCACCUGGCAGCGGAUGCCGGACACGGAGAUUGCCUGAAGAAACUUCUUCGAGCGCUGAAGACAAGUGAAAUGAAGGAUCUAAAUAAGACACUACCGCAUCCCGUUCAUAUGGCAGCCGAAAAAGGACGCUAUGAAUGUUGCCAAAUUUUGUACUUGGAGUUGAAGGUUGACGGCGGUCCAAAGAAAUGUCUUACCAUCAGUGACGAUGACCUCUACCCCAUCGACAAAGCGCUAGCUGGCGAUCAUCACGAGCUCUUCAAAUAUUUUUUGAGCCACAUGAGCUUCAACGCAUCAGACGAACUCUUCGCCUGUCGCUUGCAUCGCUACUUUAAAAAGAGUUUACAGGACGGCGUCAUAGAUGUGGUAGUGGCGGUGAUCGAGAGCGAGUGGUGCGAGGUUGCACUGGACGGGCGCUACUGCGACAACAUUCACCAGCCGCUCAGCAACAGCCCAACAGAGGCCGAGCUGCACGAAAAUGUCAAGCCCUGCAAAUCCUUUAUGCUGCUUAUCCAAAAAUAUCCCGACCUGGCGUGUCAAGCGAUGGAUAAGCACAUCACCUUCAUGCCAAACUCUGUCGAUGAAAUCCAUAAUUUUACGCCGUUCGAGUACAUAUACUACAGCGUUGAAGAUGGCAAGGUGGCAUCCCCGUUCAUUCUGCCUAAAAUCUCCACAACCCCCUGCCCGGGGACUCCUGUUGCCCAAGGACGUUCCCCGACCGCGGUUUCCCCCAACACUUCGCUCCCUAAAGAACCUUUAACUUUGGAUAGCGUUCGCCGGGGCACGGACCCCGCAAUGGGGAUACAGAUAAAGCCAUGUGAAGGGGAGUUGUAUGCCGUCAAGCCCCACGCAAGGGUGUUCCGUGGCACGGCUUGGGGCAGAGACCACCCCCUGCGUGCUGCAGUGGCCGGUGGCAGCUACGAUGUACUCAACCAUAAACUCACGAGGACGUGGCUACACAACAAGUACCAUUCGUACGCGCGUUAUCUGCUGUACUUAUACGUCUUCAUCGAUGUCAUCACUGUGCUCGCGAUGUCGGCUCUGCAAGCAAAUCUUUGGACGACGCACCACCUGGAACGUCGCUUCUCCGGCACCACGCGCGCCCAGGUGGAGAGUGUGUACGCCUCAGACGCCAAGAAAGACGCCCGCCUCGCUAUGAUUAUAAAUAUUUCCGCCACAGACCAGAACUGCUCGUCUUGGGGCAGCGUGAGCAGCGUAAACACGGACGAUCCAGUAGAGGGUGGAGCGGCGUGGAACAAAUCUUCCUGCGUCAUCUGGCACCUGGAGGCUGGGUCACCGCUAGUGGUCGGCCUAGAGUGCUGGGUGCUGCUGAUGCUGCUCGUACACUGCAUCCUCGAGAUUAUCUUCUACAUCCGCCUACCAUGGAGGUACUGCAGUUCCUUCUGCGUAACGCGCCACCUGAGGAUCAUCUCUCUGUUCAUUAUGCUUCUCCCUCUUUCAUCGUGCGACUUCAUAUUAGGAUGCCGUCACGAAAUCAUCUGGCAAUUCGGCGUGAUGGCGGUGCUUUUCGGUUGGCUGAAUUUGAUUGGAACUGUUAACCAAGUACCUAGCUUUUGUGUGUUCAUGCCAGUGUCAGCGAAGUUUUUCAUGAGCUACCUACUAGUUGUUUUUCAUAUUUUUCUAUUCAUUCUAGCAUUUGCAUUAUCUUUCAACUUUUUGUUAAUGGACAACGCUGCGUUCUGUUCGAUUCCUCGUUCAUUAAUCAAAACCUUGGUGUGGAUGCUCGGCGAUUUAGGUUACGAUGACACUUUUCUCGAUGAGAAAUCUCCAAUAGUAUUCGAAAUUCAAGCCAACGUGUUGUUUGUGCUCUUCGUCACGGUGAUCGGAGGACUUGCUUUCAACUUAGUCAUGAGGAAUCCAACUGAUCAGCUACAAGACAUGAAAGACAAAGCGGAUUUCCACAAAGCCGAGUCCAGUCUUAACCUCCACCUCCUUAUAGACGACUGUCUUCCUGAUACUCGACGCUCACGCACGCGAUCGCAUCGCGUACGGUUGAGUUGCCGCUCUAAGCACGCUGUCUUCUACACGGACCGACGCAGGGAUGAACUAAAGUCUCACAGAGAAGCCGAGACUGGAGAAGAUGACCAGGAAAAUCUUGUUUCUGGUAUCAGAGAUGAUCUCAAGACCAUUCUUGAAAGGAUGGAAACACAAAGGGAAGAAAUUUGCGAUCUAUCGCGCAAAGUUUCUUCCUUGACGAAAAUGCUCCCUACAAACUCAUGAGUUGAAUCCUCCCCCAUGAGUUUGCGUUUUAAAUUGGCUAUAUAACUAUCCGCAUUCUCAGUUUGUCGAUUAAUGAUCCAUCAAAACCACUAAUGAUUAUAAUGAUCGAAUGUGCCAUAUUCGAUCGAAUUCCUAUCUUUACAUAUACAGUAUAGAGAAACUUCCCUGUCUAUGGAAGCAAGAUAAUGUUGGUCUUAGAAACCCCAAUGAAGAAAGUUUUCUAGUUAUGCAAAAUUAUAUGGCUGCGCAACGGGCUGUUAUAAAGCCUCGAGAAAUUCCAGUCAUAUCUGAGUACGAUACAUUUGCCACUCCCCGAAGAUACAUAAAUUUUCCAAAUCCUAGUCAAUAAGUUCGCAGAUUUAUGCUGAUAAAAACUUGGCAUUCUUAUUUAUUAAAGUCAAUAUUGAAAAAUGAAUUACUAACUGUCGAAUAAGAGAAUCUCCAACCUUGCGGUAAUUAAUUUAAUCUAUAAAAUGGUAGUCUGCGAUAAUUCAAUCUUGCGAAUUUGGUCUUGAACUAGUGUAAUUUAUUAAUGUAUUUAUUAAUAUAGUGACAAUAGCGGGACAUUUGUACAUGAACCGCGCUGUUUAAAUAUUUUUGUAGCAUUGUUCAAGUAUGCGUUAUUGGUUACUUUUUAAAUUGUUCGCUAUUAAUUUAAGCUCAUCAUUAUAAAGUUUGAUGUAAAAACCAAACGUUCUUCAGCAUUAUUAAUUUUUUUAAGGCCUCGAGUGCUUGCACUUUCAAUAUAACAAAUAUGCGAGUGAAUAUUACAUUUUAAGAUAAAGUGAACCUUGUUAUCAUGUGCCAGUUUGUAAGAUAUAUUCCGAAUUCUGAUAGUCAAGAUCCUUAUUACUUUCAUUGUUAUUAUCACAAAGGAAUAAAACCUUAUUUUACAUCACAACCAUUCGGUAAGUCAUGUGCUUCAACUAGGAACUAUGAUAUUUUUCAUGGUUUGAAUGCUGUAUAUAUAAGUGAAUGUAUAUCAUGUUUUGAAUACUGUAUGCUACUUAAUAUUAAAUCAAGUUUACCGAAAAGUUCACUCGCCUCAUAAGUGUUCUUUAUGCAUGUUGCAUUAUUUUUUUUUUUU